AUGCCAUCCUUCAACGACGUCUCCUACCAGACCACAACCACCGCGACUGCCACCCAUCCUCGCUCGUUUGAGUCGCCCCGCAAGUCCCACGACAAAGCCUCCGUCGGAAACACCUUCCUGUGGACCAACUGGCCCAACGGUGACGCGACCCACGACCACCAGCAGCAGAAUGACCGGCACUAUCUGACCAACCUGAAGAACGGCAGUACAUACUCCCUGAAUGGCCCCCGGUCAAGCGUCAGUUCCUACACGCGCGAUCUGCCACACUCCAAGGACGGCAGCAUGCACUCGCUAGGCAAUCUGUCCACCCGCGAUCUUCGUGACCCUGGCAGCCGGCCCUCUGCCAUGCUGGACCGGAAAUCCUCCGACACUGGCCCUGGAGCGGGCUCCGCGUCAGCGUCGGUUUCCAGCCAGCAGGUCAAUGGCACGGCCUUCGGUACCCGCCAACCGCCGGCGAAAGCCAUGGUCAAUGGUGACUCCAAUCGCCCGUCCGCCGACGAACCCUCCCUCUCCGACCGCGCCGUCAGCCCAUCGAAUUCGUGGUUACAGAUCCCGCGGCAGGACGAUGCCGGUCGUCUCACCCCAGACCUCGACCCCAAGCCCCUUGGCCACCAUCGCUACUCGUCUCCACCGGCCCCCUCCGCGUUCGAAGCCAAUCAGAUGCAAGAUGCCCAACCCUCGAGCGCCCGACAGCGACAUUCGCUGCAAGUCCCCAGAACAGGUAGCGUUCGGCGGAAUAGCCGGGAUCAAGGCGAGGAUACCGCGUUUAGCAGUGGCCGGCUGUCACCGACCACUGCGGGAAUGCGGCGUACCUCGUUUAGUCUCACAAGACGAGCCACCAGGACGUCGGACGUGCAUUUGGACGAAGCACAACCAGACGAAGAUGCGGCUCGCUGGGCGGAAGCCAUCAAACAGAAACGUGCUUCGCGACGGCGCCGGCGUGAGGAUGAUGAUGACGACCGGGUCAUCGUUGGGACCAAGGUGGACCAGAACCAUGUGAAUUAUGUGACAGCUUAUAAUAUGUUGACGGGGAUUCGCUUUACGGUAUCGAGGAUCAACGCAAAGAUGGACCGGGAACUCACCCCGGCGGACUUCGAGGCCAAGCACAAAUUUUCCUUUGAUAUAACCGGAAAUGAAUUGACUCCCUCUGCCAAAUACGACUUCAAAUUCAAGGAUUACGCACCGUGGGUGUUCCGACACCUUCGCUCCAAGUUUCGACUGGACCCCGCCGACUACCUGAUAUCUCUUACGAGCAAGUACAUCCUGUCCGAACUGGGCUCGCCCGGCAAGAGCGGGAGUUUCUUCUAUUUCUCGCGGGAUUACAAGUACAUCAUCAAAACUAUCCACCACUCCGAGCACAAGCUUCUCCGGAAGAUUCUUCCGGAAUACUAUCGCCACGUGGAGACAAACCCGAAUACUCUGAUCUCGCAGUUCUACGGGUUACACCGCGUGAAGAUGGCAUAUGGCCGCAAGAUCCACUUUGUUGUGAUGAACAACUUGUUCCCACCCCACCGGGAUAUCCACCAGACGUUCGACUUGAAGGGCUCGACCAUUGGCCGUGACUUGCAGGAAGCCGAUCUGGAACGAAACCCAAGGGCGACCAUGAAGGACCUGAACUGGGUUCGGCGGAGUCGUCACUUGCAAUGUGGGCCAUCGAAACGAGAAUUUUUCAUCGAACAGCUGAAGCGCGAUGUCGAGUUGCUCAAGAGGCUCAAGAUAAUGGAUUAUUCCCUUCUGGUAGGGAUUCACGACGUGGAACGGGGCAACGAAGAAAAUCUGCGCGACAAGACACUUCAAGUCUUCCAACCUGGCGGCGACCGCGAGGAAGAUGCGAGCCCGAACAUGCUGAUACGGACUCCAUCCAAGUUGGAGAACGAACGCAAGGCCCGGGAGCUUCGGAUGCUGAUCAAGCGCGAGCGCCCUGUACCCCUCGACAAAGCAGCAGCGAAGAUGCCGGAAGAGAUACUCGAUGAGCGCCAGUACCACGUCUUCUACGCCGACGACGGUGGGUUCCGGGCCACGCACGAGAGUGGCCAACCGGGAGAAGAGAUCUACUACCUCGGCAUCAUCGACUGUCUGACACAUUACGGAAUGUUCAAGAAGAUCGAAAACUUCUUCAAGGGCCUCUCGCAUGACCGGGCACAGAUCUCUCCCAUUCCGCCGGAAAGCUACGGCGAUCGAUUCAUCGCCUUCAUCAAGGGCAUCACCAUGUCGAAAGAGGAGGCCGAGCGACGACGAGAAUCCAAGGCUUCUGGCCGUCCCUCCGGUGAGAGGAGAGGAUCUCGAUCUUCGUCUGUCGAGCGGACCAUGCAAAACGCCGAGAAGGAGGCCGCCAAGGACGUCUCCGUCACACAUCCUCGCACAUUAACCACAGUCUGGGAUCCAGCAGAUGCCAACGGCCCCGGUCCAACCUCGACGCUGCCGAUUGUCGACGAAGCGGGUGAGGCUAGCAGUGUGGGAGGCCACAGCCAACACAGCCGACAGGGCCAACCCGCGGCAGACAAGGACCUUCCUCCCAUUCCUCACGACUCGCCGCCCCAGCCACCUAGCAAAGGCAAGGAGACCUACCUGGCGCCUUCCAGCCAGCAGUAA